CGAUAGAUGGCGGCAGACUUAAGUGCGUCUGCUGCCCUCUAUAGUUUACUCAUAUCGUCAAUAGUAACGAUCAAUAGCAACAAUGUCAGAUCGAAGUAACAGCCCACCACUAGAAGACCCUAUAGAGGAAAGUGUUGAAUCUGCAGUUGAAAAAGAUGAAGCAGCUUCACUGCGCCAAGCUGUUUCCGGUAUGAAAGCGCAAGCUUUGAGCGAGUUUCGUGCCAAAGAUACAUCAGUAGUCCCUGAAAUGGAUGACAAACAGCCAGGUGUCGAACCAUCUGCUGCUGAAGAACGACCCGGCUCAGGAAGACAUAGGCCUAGCUCGGCAUCACGUAGAUCUGUACAGGACAGGCCUGCAUCAGGAUCGCCUAAGCCUGUAUCAGGUUCACCUAAGCCUGAUUCAGAACGACAAAGAUCAGCAGGGAGUAGACGGUCGAGACAGUCCAGUGGAAGAGAAUCAGCUGACAGACCACCAUCCGGAGCCCAAUCGCAAGAGGCUGAAAGACGGUUAUUUGCUGGUCGGCCAAGACAGUCCAAUGGAAGAGAAUCGGCUGACAGACCACCAUCUGGAGCCCAAUCGCGAGAGGCUGAAAGACGGUCAUCUGGUGGUCUGCCAGGGCGUGGCCUGUCAAGGGGAUCCAGAGAGAGUCGAACACCCACCUAUGGCGCUACAGAAAUACCAGAUGAUGAGGGAGAUGGUGACCUCAGUGAUGAUGAUGUGCUCGGUGGAGAUCAGGAUGCCGACGUUGACUCUGACGCCAGUGAUGACGCCAAUGAAGUUGUGGUCUUGGAUCCCGACCAUCCCUUGAUGAAACGUUUCCAAGAUGCACUCAGCUCCCACCUUCAGAAGCAGCAUAAGAAGGUAAAGCUUGAAUUAAGCGAGCUUAAUCAAGCUGUAAAGAACAAGAGCAAAGAACGCGAGGAGCUCGGUGUACAUCUGUACGGCCUCCAACAAGAGCUGGCUCGUCAGCAGAUGAGUCUAGAGAAGAAGCAUGAUGAGUUGGCUAGCUUGCAGCAGUUCCGCGGCCAGUGCGAGGAGCAGCUCAGCGAGGUUAGAAAGAUGUACAAGAAAACACAGGACAACAUGAAUCAACAGAGGAAGGAAGCUGCCGCUCUUCAGACUGAGGUUGAAAACCUAGGGCUGCAUAUGUUCUAUAUGAUGAAUGCCAAAGAAGAUGUACGCGGAGAUAUUGCAGUUAUGCGCAGAGCUGCAGAGAAGGCAGAUGUUGAAGUGACAAAAGCAGAAGAAAGCAAGCAAAAACAGGAUUUGUAUGUAAAUAGACUGACAGAAAAUGUGGAUAAACUACGUGAAGAAAUAGCAUUACACGAGGCUCAGUGCUCUGCGCAGGCCGAGGAGACAAAGGCUGCCAAAGAGGCUCUCAGCGAAGCACGCAUGGAGAUUGAGUCCAUCAACUUAGAACGUAAGCAGCUGUACCAGCAGUGGAACAGCAGUUUGAUUGGUAUGAGGAGACGAGACGAGGCAUACGCAGCCAUGAAUGAGGCCCUCGAUCAACAGAGGCAGCAGAUAAUGUCACUAAACACUGAGAUUGACGGUUACAAGAAGUCGAUCAUAAAAGAACAGGAGCGCAACGAGACAUUGCUGAUCCUGCUGAAUAAGAACGAGGCCGACAUCAACACCGUUAAGAAGCUAAUAGCUGCUAGCCAGGCCAAACAAGAACAGCUAAAACAGGAGUACAGCACGUACACGAGGAUGCUGCACGAGACGGAACAGGCCUUGAGUAGGGCUACGACAGAUCGGACAUUACGCUUGCAUGAGCUGAAUGGUCUGCGGAAACAGAUUGAGAAGGAAUUUCAGGAGAAGGUGACGAUGGAGGAUAAAGUGAUGGAGACAAUGCGGAACAAGCUAACCAUGGAAAAAGCCUCUCAGUACACUAAAAGGAUGGCUUCCAAAACCAGACAACUGAUAAAGGAGCAGGAAGCUAACAAAGCUCAAGUUGAGAAUGAAGUAGCUAACGAUACGUUGGAAUACUCCCACACCAUGUCACGCGUGGAACGCCUGAAGAAAACCUUAGAUGACCUCGACGAAGAAAUCCACGAGAAGAAUAAAAUAAUCACACGUAGUGAGGGAGAAAUUGUAAAACGUAAUGCGGUAAUCGAACGGAAGCAGGGAGUGAUAGAUCAAUUCAGCAAGAAGGUUGAGGCCAUACAGAGUAAGCAAGGGGGAGAAGAGCUUGGACCGCUUGAACAGGAGGUGGCAGCCUUGCAGAAGUCCAUUGACACCAGAACGCAAGAGAUCGCUGAGCUUCAACAAUUCUGGCUGCGUCAACAGAGCGAACUGGUGAAGAUGAGUAAAGAGAAGGAUGGGCAACAGAGUGAAGUGGACACCAUGAAGAAAGCUCUUACUAUACUCCAUCAAAAGAAAAUGAGAAUUGAGAAUGAGAUAACGAUGCACCAGACGGAGCACAAUGAUGUGUCAGUGAGCAUGAGGAACCUGCAGAAUGACAUGAUCAAGCUGAACAUACUGCUCACAAAGGAGGGCAAGAUCCAACAGAACCUGCAACAGGACAACAUACUGAUUGAGAAUGACUUCGUACUCUCGCUCAAGGAAGCUGAAAAGGAGUCGAUUGAAAUGCAGAACAAGCUGGAGGAGCAGUCGGAAGAGAAAGAACGUCUUUUAAACAGUCUUGUAGAGGCAGAACGUCAGAUUAUGCUUUGGGAAAAGAAGACCCAACUAGCCCGUGAGGCUAAAGCUACCGUCGAUUCCGACGUCGGACAAGGCGAGAUCCACGCAAUGACGUCCGAGAUCCACCGUAUGGAAGUCCGCUACACACAGCUGAUGAAGCUCCAGGAGAAGCUUAUCCAGGAUAUGGAGAAGUCCGUGUCACGUAGGGAUACGAUUGUGACUCGUGGAGACGCGCAGAGUAAGCUGAACAAGAAGGUUGAGACAAAGGGGACCUUCAAAAAGAAACUGGUGGAGAUGAGCAAGAAGAUAAAGCAGGUGCAACAGGACAGUAGUUCAUGUGAUGCUGAGAUCCAACAGCUGCGAUCACACCAGCAGAUGCUCAGUGAACAGCUACAGGAGAAGCAGACAUCCUUCCAACAUCUGCAGAGUAUGGCCGACACGCUUGACGGAGAUAUAGACCGACUGAUGGAGAUCAAACAGAAGAAUAUGACGGACAUUCUUGCCAGGCAGCAGAAAUCAAAAUACUACCAAGCAAACAAAGACGGAAAAUACACACUGCUAUGCAAGACCGAGUCGGCGUUGGAGACCGAAACACAGAAGCAAACCGAUCGCGUUCACACUCUGUCUACCAUCAUAGAUCGCUUGAACCAAGAGUUCCCGCAUGCACAGCCUUCACUACGUAAAAUCACGCUCUCACUCAGCUCUCGAGUAGGCGGAGAGGAAGAUUAGAGCUUAACCUUUGCAAAUAAAUGUCCAAUCUUUCAGUGGAAAUAUAAUUGGCGGUGUAAAAUUAGUUACAAUAAACAUCAACAUCAGAUCAGAUAAGAUAUACGUCAGAUUAUCUAUGGUUAUCUUAAAUUGAUAAUUAAAAUGAAGUUAUAAAUAAUAGUCAAAAUGCUGUAGAUUCCCUAUUCGUAAUUCCUUUCGUGUCUAUAAAGAUCUAUAUCAAUCAGUUAUACAGUACAUAGGAUAACAUGUCUAACACUGGGGAGAUGCCUGUUGCUGCACCACUGCCGAAAAUUUACGAACAGCCUGUGGAAUAAAAAAGUAAUUAUAUUUUAAAACACAAUAUAUGUAGGUAAUUAAUAUGAUUUAAGAUAAAAUAUUUGCAUAAGUAGAUUGACACAAAGAAUGAGUUGGAUUAAGUGUUCCGUUUACUGUACUGUAUUUGCUGAGAUUCGGAGAAUAUACAGUACAACAUAAAAUUGAUGUUGUAAUUUAAUUUAA